AUGAGUUUAUUUACAAAUUCUUUUCGGAAGUUGUCACAAUAACAAUAAGAGAAUGAUUCAGUUAAAGUGUACUAUAAAACAGAUAUGAAACAAUAUGCUAAAGUACGGUAUAACAGAGGAACUACUAUUGGUUAAAUUAUUGAAGAAUUGAUUAAAGAACUGAAUUUGAAUGGUAAAUAUUAGGAAUUAACUUAGGGAAGCUAUAAUACUAAAUUUAUCUAUUAACACACAAAAAAAAUGAACCAUCUUUAGGGGGUAUUAGCAUAAAACGUAAAUUACGUAGAAAUGAGCAACCAUAUAAGAUUUUAUUUUUAACAAAGGUUUACAAAUUUUCAUUUUACCUUGAUUAUAUGCUUAGCUAAUUAAGUUAAAAUAUUUAUGAUUCACAUUUCAAUUAGAUUGAGAAUUAUUAAUUUACUAUAUAUGACAAAGAAUUCAAAAUUUAUAAGAUUACAAAGAAAGGAAGUUAAAAGCAAAUGAAGAUAAAAAUAAAUUCUUCAGGAACUGCUUUAUGUUAGGAAGGAAGUAUUAAAGAAUUAUUUUAAAUAGAUAAGAAAUGGAAAAAUUUAUUGAAUAUUCUGAUUGCAAAUUUGAUUUUGAAGAAGAUCUUGUAUUUACAAUUACUUAAGAACAAGUAAACAUUUAUAAAGCUAUAAAUAAAAAUGAAUUUUAUGCUAUGUAAUAAUUUAUUUAAUUUUAGUAAUAAGUUGA